AUGUCUGAAUCUUCUCCUCCGCUGGCGGCCAUAGCUACGGCGACGGCAGCCGAACCCCCAAGUAUGACUUCAGACAACCCGCCAACUCAAUACAAUGGCCCAGAUCAGCCCGCCACUGCGCCUGCUCAGGAUGGCCCCAAAUUACGAGAAUUUACGCCAGGCUGCGACCUUGCAAUCUUCUCGACUGAGCUGGGCACCCAGGCUAAACGUGCGCUCGAAGGCCAACUUCGUCCGCCCGUGAUCGUUAGAAGCGACGGCGUAUUAGGUGUGGUCGAUGCAGCUCAGUACUGGCAGCGCAGGUUCAAGGUGCAAUGUCUUUGCAUAUUCCCUGGCCAAGACUGGACGAUCAGCGACCUGUGGGAUCCUGUUGAUAUCCAGCUGGAUACGUCUCCCUUCUGUCAAGAAAUGUUGAAGUUCAUCUCAGGCGAUACCUAUCAUGCUGCCCGCAUCUUUGCAAAGGACUUCAUUCGCGCAUACCCAAAUCGUUUAUCUGUUUUGGGGAAAGAUAUGUCGGAACUACACACUCCCCCUGACCCCUUUAGUAUGGUCGACAAGAUCUACAACGAGGGCGAACGUGGUGCAUUCCCUCGUACAUUCCUUUGGCACGUUGCCCACAUGAUGCGAGCCUCUGUGCUGGGGCUAGGACUUGUAAAACCCGUGGGAACGACUCAGGACAAGAGCUCAGCUUGUGUUCCGCGAUGCGAAGACAAAAAGCAAGAAGAUGUGUCCGACAGCAACCAGGAUACUUUGCCCCAGACAGAACCAAUCAUAGCUAGUGCAUCGCGUAAGAAGAACCGCAAGAUAAGUCGGUCUCGUCCAAAUAAGCUGACAACUAUGGAAGCGCCUUCGACGAUUGUUGAGGUCACUCUAAAUGAACUCGCCUCGCUUGUAGCCACCGCACCCCUCCAGCCUGAACAGACACCUGUGUCAUCCCACGACUUACAGGGAGCUGGAAGUCAGCACAACGAGCCUGUUGAAUGUCGCAUGAAUCGUUCAACUGGCCAUUCCGUCACGUCACCGACUGUAGCUCCUCAGAGCUUGAGACUGCCCAAGGGCCCGCCUCGUAACGUGGGAACUGGAGUCCACCCUCAACCUUUUACCUCGCAUAAUUGGGCCGAGAAUAACUACCGCCCUGCAUAUGGUCAAUACCCUCCUCGACAAACAUCAGGUGGAAUGGCCCAAAUGACUUCGCCCCACUUCAUGGCAUCCAACAUGGCAAUCGGUCAGCAUAUGGUUCCGGCAGGCUACGUUGCACCAUACCCUCAAGGUCUUCCCAUGAUGCCGGCGAACAUGUCACAAAUGCCGCAUUAUAACCCAGCUGUUGUACAAUCUGGAAUGAUGGUACACCCAUCGGCCAUGAUGCAGAACCCUCAGGCAGGUCCUGUGUACGCCCCGCAACCCCAUACCGUACGCGGCUCCUCUAUGGGCGAUAUGACCAACAUUGGUUACUACGCGAAUACAAUGUCAUCCCAUAGCCUCAGCAAUGCGGCAUCUUCAAUGCGCAGAUCAAGUAACUACAAUGCCAACGGCACCCUGUUCGACCCGUACAACGGCACGAACAGCAACUUCCGGGAGACGACCUCGUACAAGGGCAAGAAGCCGCAUUACAAUGACACACCUUACCAAGGGAAUCGGCCACGCAACAUGUCCAAUUCAGGGUCGCGCCCCAUACAUGCAUCAUACAAAGCUGAACGUGCGAUUAGCCAGCCGUACCAUAGUGCGCCUCACAGUCAUCGUCCUAAAACGCGCCACAACUCUGAAGAUGACCCAAGUAUCACCGAGAACCGCUUGACAGGAUGUCAUGAACAGUGGAUUGGUCCCGAGAAUGUGACAGUCAGUGAGCUCUUUGUCGGUGAUUUGCCCUCGGAUAUAUCCGCGGGCGAGGUGCAGAAGAUGUUCGAGCAGCAGAUGAGCAUCCUACCUGCCCAUGUCUCGGUACGCCAUCCAAAGAGGACUGAAGGCUUUCCACACCAUGAUCGCUGCCAUGCAUUCGUCUCGCUUCAAUCAACAGCUGAUGCCAAGAAAGUCAUGGGCAUGCGUGAACGUAACUUUCGUCUUCGAGACGAUGGACAUCCAGUCUCAGUAUCUGUACCUAGACGCUUCUUUCAGCUUCCGACAGAGCAGUUGCGACGCGCCUCAUCAAGCUCAGGGUCAUACUUUAUUCCGACUCCAUAUGAAGAUCGAAAUGGCAAGGCCACUCAUCUACUGACACGUGACGACAAUAAGAUAGUGAAACCGUCUGAUGCGAGCGCAACGCUUGUGAAGGCUGUGUACUCUCCCCAGGACGCUAGAAGCGGCCCGCACAAAAAGACCGAUGUGAGAUCGAAUACCGACGAAGAUGGCACGGAUGAGACUCAUCGAGCCCGUAAAACGAAGCCACGACAGAUCUCUCCGACCAAAAAGCAACACGCUAAGCGCGAAGGCGUCACCCCUAAGAUACCAUCAGCUAAAGGAGCGAAGCCUGUACAUACUACAGCCAAAGACUCGACUGCCGUGACACCUUCUGGAAGCAAUGAUAAAAGCACUCAACGUCGAGCUCAAGACAUCACGAUCUCCUCGUCUCCAGCUAGCAAGAAAAAGGGUACGGCGAAGAAAUCAGUUAUACUGCCGACGGCAAAUGCAUCUCUCGCCGAAGAAACACCCCUUAGUACCACGACAAGCUCUACAGUGCCUUCACAUGCAGAAGCAGCGAUAGGGCCUGGUGAGAACGAAUCAACAGCCGUGAAACAGUUCGAAACAAACUCGGCCCCCAGUAUCAAGUUGGAGCCUACGAUGACUGCAGAUGUGAUUGAGCAGCCCCAUGAAAACACGGUUACAGAAGAAGAAUCCAGUAAGACUGCAAAAGUUUCGUCCCCAAAAUUACCGGAACACACCGCAGUGAACGACAAGACGCCUCGCGAGGAAGGCUCUGGAACUAUGAUAGAAAUGCAGGCAAAGCCGAUGCCCACAGAAUCCAACCAAAAGAAAGUUGAGAGGCCCACCACUAGCCGUCAAGAGAAAGAUGUUAUCAAGGACGUUUCUGAGUUAGCGCCUCACGCAAAGUUGACAGCUGCGAUAGGGACACCCCAAGCUACUAGUAGCACGGAGAGUGGCAAGGACACCGCCUCUAAUGAGAAGACUGCGCCUGAAAUUGGGACUGGGUCUUUGAUUAAGUCUACUACUGUCUCUACUGCAGAGAUUCCCGCAAAGCCUGUCGUCCAGCAGGUAUCUUCUCUCCACCCUUAUGCCAAGCCCAACAAGGUUCAGCAGAAAAAGGCAAAGGAUGCGUUACGAAAACAACAAAAGAAGGAACAGGCCGAGAAAGCGGAGAAGGCCAAAUUAGAGAAAGCAAAAGCAGAGAAGGCCAAAAUAGAGAAUACAAAGGUCUCCACAAGGAGGGAAGCUGCGGUGUUGACAGAAAACAUUGAAAAGUCGCAAGACCUUUCCCAUACUCCAAUUCUACCAAACGAAACAAUGGUCGAGCAAGUCGACAUGUCAGGGGUCGCCAAGGGCAAACUCGCUGUAUUGGCCAACGCAGCGGCACUAGCGAUCGAUUAUGUGCUGGAGUCCGAACCCAUUUCUGAUGCAGCAGUGCCACCGAUCCCACCAGCCGAGCGGAUCCCCACAAACCAGGCCCCGGCAGGGAUCAAGAAGGCGAAAGAACAUGAGGUGCAGAUGAAGGUAAUUGCGAUGGCUGCCGAAGCUUCAACAAUGAAGCCCCAGAUGGAGGAAUCACAAGACUCCCUAAUUAAUGUCACGGCGAGUGAAAUAGCCAAUCCCGCUUCUUCCGAGCCAGCAACACCGACACCGAAGAAGAAGUCCAAGACCAAACGUAAGAAGGCAAAGGUGAUACCUGCGCAUGAAGAGAACAAGCAGGCAGAGGGGUAUGCAAAUGGUAAGCCUGAUUCGCCCACCAGGGAGAGCCAUUCAGUAACUCUUAAGGCGCUCAGCGAGACAGUGAGCCCGACACAACCGGGCUAUAUGAGAGGGUACGACGAGGCCUUGGAUACGGAGGUGCGUCUUAGUAGUACCACCACCCUCCUAAGCAUCAGCCCCGUAGGCCCUCUUAGCUGCGCUCAAGAGCGUGCGAGCGCCCACAGAGACUGUCCUAGUGUGGCUACACGGCAAGAGAUGAUACCCCCUUCUGAACAAUUAGACCAUAACCAGAUCGACCAUGAACGAGCCCUUGAUACCCCUCUCUACACCCCGUCCGACUCCCAAGAACCUAUUAUAUUUACCCCUCCAUCCGACCACCCAUCCGAGGACGAGAGCGAUAACACCUUGCCGCUUUUUCCAGCGGGAGAUGAUGCUCACACGGAUCGUCAGAAUGCUUCUUCUCCAUCACCAAACACAUUGAUCCCAAACAUUGUGCAACCUAAUGCUGCUGAGGUGGCAGCUUCUGCUACGGACAUGCCCGCCGUAGAGACCCCUAAAAAGAAGAAGAAGAAAAAUAAGAAAAAGAACAAAAACAAGUCCACAAGUAGUGCGACUGACUCUCCUGCACCUGCCAGUGCUGGCAAGCUGGAACUUCACGUCACGGCUGGCCAGUCUUCAUCCAGCUCUCAAAAUGCGGGUGUCCCUAUGAUGGAUAAUACGAAAGCAAGCUCAGGCCUUGAGGACCCUCUUUUGGCCCUAGCAGCAGCUGCUACCAAAGAGCAAAAGAAGGAUUGGGUGGGACAGGUCACCGGGGGCAAUGUCCAUUACCUGAUUACAACAACGAAGAAUGCGUCUUUGGCUGACGUGCAAGCCGAGUAUGCUGCGGCGGGCAAGAAACCAAAGGUGGAAGCGUACAAGCUAGCAGAGGGGGAUAAAGUGGAAGACUUUUUGCCCAGCAAGUUGCUUCCGCAGAAUAUUGAAGAUUACUUGCGUGACUUUGCUGCCUCCAAGGACGCGGACAAGAAGAAGGCUUGA